AUGGGACAGGAAGCAUCGAUUCGCCGUGUUUCUCACCAUCGGCAAGGCCUAAUGCCAGCAGAACGUGUGGAAAUGGGAGUGAAAAGAAAAGGGCACUCUGCCCUUUUGAGCUUCAGCCACUGCUUGCUCAGUGACGCUGCUGUAUCCUCGGGGGCCGCAGAAUCUGCACUCUGCAGCAAAGGUCUCAAUGACAUUUCCACCGAGUGCGAGCAAAUGGGCAUCUUGGCCGGUCGAUUGUCACGCUUUCCAGGACGGGCGGAGUGUGUCAAGUCUGUUAGGUCAGGUCAUCCUGCAUGCUAUGACACGAACUCCACCUUUGCAGCGCUGAGAGAGUCGACCCCUGCGGAUGUAUCGCAGGUUGUGGCGGACCUGAAGAACUUCGCCUCGGACGCUGCUUCGGCAGAGGCCCAGAGGAUGGAGGAACGGGUCAAGGCGGCCUCGGCUAAAGCGGAGGCGGCACUACGUGACCAGUUUCUCAAGCUCGAGACAAGGGUCUUGGCAGACUUGCCGGACGGCAGCGGUGGCGAUGCGUCCGGAGGUCGAUCCGGAUCCAAGGCAACCGGAAAGAUGGGAACGGUGACGCUGACGAACGGACAUGCGGUGAAGGUGCUGGGCACGUGGUGGCAUGCAGAAGAGGUGGAGCCCCUCCCUUACAUGGGCUCCGGUCCGUACCAUGCCCGCUUCCAGCAGACCAUGUUGCGGAUCAAGGAUCCCAAGAGGUCGAUCCCCUUCUACGAGGAGAACUUCGGCAUGAAGCUGAUCCAUUGGAUUGAGUUUCCCGAGUUCAAGUUCACAGUCUACUUCUUGGAACGCCCAAGAGAAGGGCAGACUGUUCCAGCAUGCAGCAUGGAGAAGACCACCAUAGAGAACGAGAAGUAUCUUUGGACCAUGUCAGGAUCCACUUUGGAGCUGACGCACAACCACGGUGAAGAGAUGAACGACAACUUCAAGGUUUGGAAUGGAAAUGUAGGACGCGACGGAGAAGGUGCAAACUAUGCUGAUGAGCCUGCAGCGCGUGGGUUCGGGCAUGUCGCCUUCAACUGCGACGAUGUGUACGAAGCCUGCGAGCGUUUGGAGAAGAACGGUGUGAAGUUUCAGAAGAAGCCGGACGAAGGUCGAAUGAAGGGCUUGGCCUUUGCGUUGGAUCCUGAUGGAUACUGGAUUGAGAUCGUUAGGCGCGAGAAGUUGGGAUGGAAAGAGUACUACAACCUCUCUCAGACAAUGCUUCGCGUGAAGGAUGGCCCUGCCAGCGUAGAGUUUUACACCAAGCACUUGGGAAUGACGCUGCUGCGAAAAGUCGAUUUUCCACAAUACAAAUUUUCAUUAUACUUCCUGGCAUCGCUCACGCCGGCAGAGCUUGCAGAAUGCCUGCCGCUUGAUCCUGAAAACAAGCACGCCGGCGGCUUGAAUCCGGAGGUUCCGAACGCUCUGACGAAGAUCGCUUGGAGCCUUGGCACUUCGAACAGCUCUCUGACCGUGGCUGUGGCUUCCACGCUUUGA